ACUUCUAUAUAAUGUCAAAUACAAAGUAUGAAUUAUAGGAUAACCUGAUCAUGACAUUGUUGUAAUAGGGGUUUUAGCGUACUAGGAAGGUUAGUCAUAUGACAACACGUCCGCUGCCAGUGCAGCCCCAGUUUAAAGAAAAUGCUGGGAGUGAUGAUAGCCCUAUAAAAAAGAAAGGUAAAAGAAAACAGCGUAAACAUGGAACUCCAAAGCAUGAAGAUGGUGAUCAGGGUGAAGACACGUAUGAUGAGUACUAUGAGCCUGAACUAGUGGAGAUGAGUGGAGGAUUUCCUGCGAAACUAGCUGAUAAUGUUGAACCUCUGAACAAUGAUGCUGCAGCAGAGGCAGCUGCUGAUUUGGCACUCAGUGCAAUAAGAUCUGGGCGGAGAAAUCGGAGCACUCCUUCUAAGCAUCAUGACUACGAGAAAAUAGCUGGACCUAGCACUGAAGGUGCUCCUAGAAGAGCGGCUGCUAAAAUCAAGAGGAUGUCACAAGAGGUAAAGAACUGGAAGGAGGUAGUGGUAGACGGAGAGCAGCAGGGGCAGGUUGUGCACCAUGAGGGCAGAGUUCCUCAUUCUAUGUCACCUUCCUCGAACAAAGUCAGGAAGAAGAAGCCUAAACGAAGAGACCGUACUGGUACUACUUCUGCUUAUGAAGAAAGUGGACUUGACGCACUAGUUGAUGAAGCAGAUGUGAUAAACACACAACCUGACAAAAAUGCAGACCAAACUCCAAAAAUAACUUCAGCAAACCCGAGCAUUAUCUACCACGAGAAAGAUGAUGGGACUGGUUUUAUAAAGAAAUCAGCAUUGGAAGAAAGUCAAAUUGCACUGGUGGAACAAAACACAAUUAUUGAAUACACAACAUUGGAUGUGUCGUUCUCUCUUCAAAACUGGUUCCAUGUUUUCAGUCUGUUUAUACAUGGACUUCUAGCUGGGUUUGCUGCCUGGCAGACUCUACAGAUCUACAUUGAGGACAAGCCGGACACAGAUUUCCUGGAAGAGUACAGUAGUCUAGCUUGGCCAGCAGCGUCUGCGUACUUUAUCUGCACAGCUAUCUGCACAGUCAGCUCACUAGAUAUCCUGGAGGUAGCCAUUUCACGUACCAGAGGGGAUAUCAUGGCAGGGUUAUUUAGGAACCCAAUUCAUACCCUCACUGUUGCUCUCUAUGUCAUGGCUCUCAUUUUAACAUGUGGUCUCUCUUCCAUUGACGACAAGUUGUCACUUUACUCUCUAGAGUCACAGCUGUGGAGCGAGCCUGCUAAGGAUAUUGAAAUGUGGAAAAUAAUCAACUCUUUGAGGAUGGUGCUGUCUGUGUUAGGGUUCUUGCUGUUGUGUUACUGCUUCAUGUUCUCGGUUAAGCCUGUAAAGAAAGUGGUGAGGAAUACCUCCCGUAUCGUUAACAGAGACAACACCUUGUAGAUCUGGGGUAUCUGCUGGUAAACAGACUAUCAGCUGCACUCAACAUCGUUCUUGUCAAGUGAUGCAUUUAAUGGAGAAAGAAAAUUGGUUCAAUUCGGGGGAUUGCUAUUUUGCUAUCUUCUUGAACUAUGAAAUGUUUGCCAAGAUGGUAAAGUUUGACUCAUGAGAACGACUUACUCUAGUAGCAGAGUGUAGUUAGUACAAGAGUCUAAAUAGUUGUUUGUUUGUGUAUGUGGAACUAUGUAAGAAGUGACGACUGGUUUUGGAUUAAGUAGCAAAUGUAAUUUAGUUAUUUUAUGUAAAUAUAUCAUUUUAUAUAAACUGUUCAUUUAAAAAAGUUUAUCAGAUUUAUAUACAUUUUUUGCAAAUCAAGAGCAAUUUUCUAAAGAGUGCGAAUAAAGUGCAUUUUGUGGCAUGGUAGUUGAACUUUGUAUUUAUUUAAUGUUGCCAGUAUUAUUUUGUUUCCGUAUCAUUUAAAUUAGUAUUUUAUCUUUAUUUGUGAUGUAGUUGAUCAAAGGUUUAUCACAUUAUAUCGUAGUUGUUUGUAGUGAGUAAUGCAUGUAAUAGCUUUAUAACUUUUAUGCAUGUUCGUGUUAGGUAUUCAGUAUUCAGUAUAGACUAUACAUUAAAUUUUAAACUUUAUUUUGUCUGUGACAUAACCAGAUUUUGACCACAUCGGUAAACGACCUUGCUUGAAGAACAUUGCUUGAUUGAUUAAAUGAUGGUUUAUAUUGCAUUCAAUAAUGUGUAUAUAUUUCCAUACUCAUAGAUUCUAUGUAUCAAACA